UCUGCCCUCGUGAAGUUGUGUGGAGCAAAGUUGGUGUGAGAUAUCACUGUUCACUUCGUUAUUUGUGCGGCUUCGUGUGCUCUGAAAUGCUGAACUAGCCGGGGCAGAGGUCAGGAGACACAGGACGGCAGCGCUACGUAAGAAGAAGCAGCACGAAGUCCUCUUGAACGUUUUAGAUGACCGAGAGUGCUCAGUGAUUACCGGCUACCCCAAGUCAUGGUGGGAUUUUUCACGGCAUGAGAGCCACCAGGGGCUGCGCGCACUGGGGAUAUCCAGGUCGCCGGUAGUGCGCACCCACUGGGAGCAGCGGUGGGUGGCAGACGGACGGACUCGCGGUAGGGUCGGUCCCCUCCUGAUGACAAAGCGGGUGACCCGACCGAUGAAUUACUCGGCAGGAGCUUUCGCCCGAGAGCCAAGAUGAUCGCGGCGUUUUUUCCCUUGAAGAAGCUGAGACGCAAUAGCAAAUAUCUUCUGUUCGCGGCGAUUCUGCUGGUCGGAGUUGUGGCCGUCUAUCAUGAGAUGGUUGCUGCAAAAGCAUGGAGCAGUGAUACCAGUAUGAAUCCUGACGCUGACAGUAGCAGCUGGAGGAGGGCCAUGUUUGACGAAAGGGUCAGAAGGGACAAUCAACCAAACCCAGUGGAGGAUUCAGUUGCUUGGAGGUCCAGCUUCACUCCACAAACCUGGAAAGCAGAGUAUAAGGGACAGGCCAAUCUGCACGUCUUUGAGGACUGGUGUGGCAGUUCUACAGCUGACCUCUGCAAGAACCUGCACUACCCCUUGUAUCCUCAUUCCAGGACUACAGUGCAGAAGCUGGCCGUCUCUCCUCAGUGGACAAACUACGGGCUCAGGAUAUUUGGUUAUCUACAUCCAUAUACUGACGGAGAGUUUGUGUUUGCUUUGAGCUCUGAUGACAACUCUGAAUUGUGGCUCAGCACAGAUGACUCUCCCCUUAAUUUGCAGUUAUUGGCAUGGGUUGGAAAGACUGGCACAGAAUGGACAGCCCCGGGCGAGUUUGAGAAGUAUGCUAGUCAGACCUCUAAACCAGUUUGGUUGUCUGCUCAGAGGAGGUACUUUUUUGAAGUCAUCCACAAGCAAAACGACAGAGGGACUGACCAUGUGGAGGUGGCAUGGCAGCUCCUGGACCAAGGCUUGAGUUUCCGGGUUAUUGAAUCCAAUCACAUCUCCCUCUAUGUUAAUGAGUCGGCUUUGUUAAUGAGUGAAGUAGCCCACAUACCACAGACGGCUGCAAGCCACCAGCACACCCCCACAAAACAGCAGAAUGUCGCAGCAGACAUGCUGAGAGAAGACCCACGAGACACUCUCUACCAAGUGCCUUUGAUAAACGGCAAGUUCCUACAAGAUGUCCUGCCUGACUGCUCGUACAAACCCAGCUACACAAUAAAAGACUUUCCUCUCCUCCGCUACCAAGGACUGCAGUUUGUCCACAUGUCCUACAUCCACCCCAAUGACUACACCCGACUUACACACAUGGAGACAGAGAGCAGCUGCUUCUACCCCGAAAGCCCCUACUACAUGAAGAUGUUCGGUUUCUCUAGAUACAUGAGAUUAGACCGUCCUGAUAUGCAGGGAAUAGGAAACACAGGACGAGAUUUUGGUUUCGAGAGGAGGAAAUCAGUGCUCCAUGAGGAGGAUGAGUUUGACAAUGAAGCCUAUCAAAGAGAAAAGGAAGCCAGGCCGGACCAGGUGGAUAACGCCCUUUUCCCAGACUAUGGUGAUGAUUAUGAUGAUUAUGCUCAGAGACGCAGGCGCAAACUCUUCUCCUUAGUCAUGCAAGAAACUAACAACACGCUGAAGAACACCUCUGACACAAGACUGCACAUAAAUGAGUUGCAGCCUCACACAGAUGAGUUGCAGAGGAGGCAAGGGAAAGACAGUGGGCCACAGAAACCAGCUGAGCCUCCGCAGUCAACGCAAGUCUCAAAACAUCACCCGCCCCUGCAACAAAACCAGACAGAGAUGAAGCUAGAGGGUCGGGUUAAAAAAGCAGAACAGAUAAAACCAAAAGGAAAGUUAAGACCAGCAAAGAGACAAAAGCCCAAAUCAGUAGAGGCUGCUGUGAGACCAGUGGACAGAGAGCAGCUCAAAGCAAAGGAACGACCAGCAGUCCUGUCAGAGCAGCUCAAUUCUAAACAGCAUUAUAUCCAGAGGUCCCGUGGAAUUAACCAUACCCAAAUCCAGAGACUCAAAGACUCAACGCUUCAACCUCUAGAGAGGAAUGCUGCUCUUCCUGAAAAACCCACAGUUGCCAAGCAGCAGCAGUUUGUAAUUGGAGAGCUCCAGCCAGCCACCACCAAGCGUUUUGCCACUCCCAAGAGAGACAUGAGCCGCCAAGUAGGGAGGCUAAAUCAGAGGGACCCAGGUACCAGAAAACGCCUCAGGAAUGAGGAGAUAGGGAUGAAAAUGCCUCUACGUGAUCUAGGAAAUAGCAUCCACAGAGAAAAGUUGAGUGCUAAGGGCAAAAUGGACAAAAAGCAGUCGGCUAUGAAAGAAGUGGAGGACCAAGCGAGGGUAGAAGACAAGGAUCAUUACAGGCGGGAGGGUGCAAGAGACUCUCUGUGGGGACCAGGAGUUGACUUUGAAGGUGCAGAUGACGAGGACCUUACCCCUGCGCCGGUGUUUGACACUGAGGUUAACUGGAGCCAGACCUUCCAGGUCAGCCACCUGGACUUUCAAGCACGUCGAUCAGAUUGGAUCGAUCUGCGCUGCAACAUCUCAGGCAACCUGCUUCUCCACUCCAGUGACGCUCUGCCCAUGGUCAAUGCUUUUAUGGACCAGCUCAAUGAAAAGCACCACGGGCAGUUUACAUUGUCCCGUGUGGUUAAUGUGGUGAAGCGCAUGGACGGGGUCCAGGGCAGCCGCUACCUUCUGGAGCUGGAGCUGAAAGAUGUGAACGGCCAGCUGCUGCGCCUGUCAUACUACAUCUACACUCUGAUUCGCCACAGCAGGCAACGCAGCAAGGACUUCAAUUUCCAACGGCCGAAACCUCAGCUGGUGCUGUGUAACCCGGUGGGAUUCCGCUGGAAUCCUGUUGCCACUGUCCACUUCAUAGUACCGGUGAAAAACCAGGCUCGGUGGGUGCAGCAGCUGAUUGUAGACAUGGAACAACUGUUCAGAAAAACAGGAGACGCCAACUUCAAUCUCAUCAUCGCUGACUUCAACAGCACUGACAUGGAUGUGAGGAAGGCUCUACAGAAAUCUUCACUCCCCAGGUACCAGUAUGUAAAGCUAAGCGGGAACUUUGAGCGCUCUGCCGGUCUGCAAGCAGGUAUCGACCUUAUAAAUGAUGACCACAGCAUUGUGUUUCUUUGUGAUCUCCACAUCCACUUCCCUCCCUCUAUCAUCGAUUCAAUCAGGAAGCACUGCGUGGAGGGAUACAUGGCCUUUGCUCCAAUAGUCCUGAGGUUGGACUGCGGGGCUACGCCAUUAGAUGCCAGAGGUUACUGGGAGGUCAAUGGCUUUGGCCUGCUGGGGAUCUACAAGUCCGAUCUGGACGCAGUGGGAGGAAUGAACACCAGGGAAUUCACGGACCGCUGGGGAGGAGAAGACUGGGAGCUCCUCGACAGGAUUCUCCAGGCAGGACUGGAAGUGGAGAGGAUCUACUUGAGGAACUUCUUCCACCACUAUCACUCCAAACGUGGGAUGUGGAACCGGCAGGUGAAGCCCAGCCACAGUUGACCUUGUCACCUGCCCGCUGCAACAUGACCACGGUUGCCACGGUCACAACCACGGCAACCAGAGCACUUUAAGGUCCGGGCCUGAUUCCUGCUACAUAACCGUAAUACCUGCUGACUGACAGAGGCUGUAACAUAGGAUUGGAUACUGUCCUCAUUCACGUCAGCUCUGAAGAAAAAAAAGUGGCAGCAGUGACGAUCGUUGCUAAGGAGAUACUACUGAUAUGCUCAGAGUUUAUUUCACUGGAUGUACUGUUGACUACUGUGAGGGUACUGGUCGAUGAGUGUCAUUGACAAAUGAUAUUCCAAACAAAGAUACAGCUGUGCACCAUGUCACUGAUGAUCUGCACUACUGGCUGCAAGGACCUGACCUGAUCCAAAGACAAAACAUACAUUUAUUGACGCACUCCAAUGAUGUAUAUACACAAAAUUGUUUGUUUUGUUUGUGACAAUAUACAAUAUGUGUUUCACUGCAGAUUGUGUACGUAAAACACAGCCUUAUUUGUAAGUUAUGAAAAACUUUAUUUUAUUUUAUCAAUGUUUGUAGGAUUUUUUUUUUCAUUUGAGUUCAAUGUAAUUUCUAGAGAUGAUGAAAUUUCAGAAAAUGUACCUCAGUUGAGUGCCCUUCCCUAUUUGUUGUAUUAAAUAUUAAAUGUGC